GAAGAAAAAUGUUGCAUUAAACGGACCCUCGACCGCUUAAGUGCUUUCGUUUUUGGUUUUUUUUUUUUUUAGAUUUUAUUUUUAUAUAUUUUUUUUAAGCCUAAUUCACCUUAAAGAAUCUCAAAAGCAACCACAAGGGAAAGGCUCUGUGAAUUUUUGUAAUGGAAAGCGGUAGCCUCUAGGGCCCAGAGGAUAUGCAGGGAGGCAUUUUCUCUUGCUGGUGCAGCUGAGAGGGAGCGAGCAGCGAGACCUGGAAAUGAAAGUAAAGAGAUCAGGAGGCACAUGGAGGGAGCUGCAGGGGCAGCCGAUCCAGAAGCAGAAUGCUGCCUUCUGUAAUUAAAUAGCACUUACUUAUUAUUAUUACUACUUCUAGUAAUAAUACAUUAAUAAUAUCUCUAGUAAUACGAUACCAUUUAUCAACGAAAGUUUAUACAUAGUGUGGGGGGGAAAACCCAAGGAGAGUAACUAUAAUGGAGAGACAGAAGAGAAAACAAGAAAUAGAGAAAGGACUUCAGUUCAUUCAGUCCACGUUACCACUAAGCCAAGAAGAUUAUGAGGCCUUUUUGCAGAAGCUAGUGAGAAACCUGUUUGCAGAGGGCAAUGAUUUGUUUCGAGAGAAGGAUUUCAAGCUUUCACUGGUGCAGUAUGUAGAAGGGCUGAACGUGGCGGAUUAUGCAGCCUCCGAUGAGGUGACCAUCCCAAAGGAACUCCUGUGCAAGCUGCACGUCAACCGAGCUGCCUGCUACUUUGCCAUGGGGUUGUAUGAGAAAGCACUGGAAGACAGCGAGAAGGCUUUAAGUCUUGACAAGGAGAACAUCCGAGCACUCUUCCGGAAAGCCCGCUCCUUAAAUGAACUUGGAAGACACAAAGAAGCAUAUGAGUGCAAUAGCCGAUGCUUGCUCUCCCUCCCACAUGAUGAAAGUGUCACGCAGCUGGGACAGGAGCUUGCCCAGAAGCUGGGACUGAGGGUUCGAAAAGCGUACAAAAGACCUCAGCAGGAAUUGGAAACAUUCUCGCUACUCAGUAAUGGCACGUCAGUCAAUUUGUCAAACCAGACCACUUCCAAUGGAUUGGGUUCGAUAGAUGACAUCGAAACAGACUGCUCUAUGGACCUGCAGUGCCUCCCAGCUUCUGUGGCCACCUCCGUCCCUGCGAGCGAGGGGCUGGCCCCUUUGCCCUCUGAUUCGGAUGCAAAGGGCUUGCCUUCCUCACUUCCUGCUGCCAGCCUCCUCCCAUCUCCAGACUGUGUGCCCCUGCCAGUGCCUGAGAGUGUGGAGGACUUCACAGAUGGGGACAUCAUUGAUGAAGAACUGGACUCCCUCCUGGACUCCCUUGCCGAAGGGUCACCAUACCCUCUAUCUCUGGUCCAGGGCACCAUUCCUACGAACCUGCCGACAGAGAUGCCCCAGCUGAUCCCUGUGUUUCCGGGGGGAACUCCACUGCUGCCCCCAGUUGUGACAGCCAGCAUCCCCGUGUCCACCCCGCUUCCACCUGCCUCCUUCGGCCUGGUGAUGGAUCCCACCAAGCAGCUCUCCUCCUCCUCUGUCCUGGAUGCCUUUGAGGCCCCGCCAGGAGGAAGUGGCAGCUCCACCUUAGAUUCGCUGGAUUCCCUGGAUCUGCUCCCUUACACAGACUCACGGCUCGAUGCCCUGGACUCCUUUGGGACAAGCAGAGGCUCACUGGAUGCCUUGGAUUCGUUUGCCAUUGAAACUAGCCCUCAGAAACUGCGGCACCCACCUGGCAGCCAAAAAACAUCCCCCGUGGUGAGUGAGCCGCUCCCUCGUGCUGAUGUCCCAAGGUGCUCUGGAGCCAAGGUCAGCCUUGGUGGAGUGAGUCACCCAGCUGUGCCCAAGGUCACUGAGCACUUGCUGUCCCAGCCAGAACCAGUAAUGCCCAACACAGCCCUGCUGGUGAAGAACCCCCUGGCAUCUACUCACGUCUUCAAACAAGCCUGUCAUAUCUGCUACCCCAAAACAGGGCCCAAGGCUGGUGAUUACACCUAUCGGGAAGGCUUGGAGCACAAGUGCAAGCGGGACAUCCUGCUGGGCAGGCUGAAGAACUCGGAAGACAAGACCUGGAAGAGGAUCCGUCCUCGCCCAACCAAAACCGACUUUGUGGGAUCCUAUUACUUGUGCAAAGAUAUGCUUAACAAGCAGGACUGUAAGUACGGGGAUAACUGCACCUUCGCGUACCACCAGGAAGAGAUCGACGUGUGGACGGAGGAGAGGAAGGGGACUCUCAACCGUGACCUCCUCUUUGACCCGUUAGGUGGGAUCAAGCAGAGCAACCUCACCAUUGCCAAGCUCCUCAAGGAACAUCAGGGGAUCUUCACCUUCCUUUGUGAGAUUUGCUUUGACAGCAAACCCCGGAUUAUCAGCAAAGGGACCAAGGACACACCAUCUGUCUGCUCCAAUCUUUCUGCCAAACACAGUUUCCAUGACAACAAGUGUCUGGUCCAUAUCGUGCGUUCCACCUCCCUGAAAUACUCUAAGAUCCGCCAGUUCCAGGAACACUUCCAGUUUGAUGUGUGCCGACAUGAGGUGCGUUAUGGCUGCCUGCGUGAGGACAGCUGCCACUUUGCUCAUAGUUUCAUCGAGCUCAAGGUCUGGCUGCUGCAGCAAUAUUCAGGAAUGACCCAUGAAGAUAUUGUGCAGGAAUCUAAGAAGUACUGGCAGCAGAUGGAGGCACAUGCCAGCAAAACAACCAACAGCAUGGCUUCUCCUCGGGCUCCCACGUCAAGCACCUUUGACCUCCAGAUGAAAUUUGUGUGUGGCCAGUGCCGGAGGAACGGGCAGCUGGUGGAGCCAGAUAAAGACCUCAAGUACUGUAGUGCCAAAGCCCGCCACUGUUGGACAAAGGAACGUCGUGUCCUGCUGGUGAUGUCCAAAGCAAAGAAGAAGUGGGUGUCUGUCCGACCACUGCCUUCGAUCCGCAACUUCCCACAGCAAUAUGAUUUGUGUAUCCACGCACAAAAUGGCAGGAAAUGCCAGUAUGUGGGCAACUGCUCCUUCGCCCACAGUCCUGAGGAGAGAGACAUGUGGACCUUCAUGAAGGAAAAUAAAAUACUAGAUAUGCAGCAGACCUAUGACAUGUGGCUAAAGAAACACAAUCCUGGGAAGCCUGGAGAGGGGACACCGCUCACCUCACGAGACGGGGAGAAACAGAUCCAGAUGCCCACUGACUACGCUGACAUCAUGAUGGGCUACCACUGCUGGCUCUGCGGGAAGAACAGCAACAGCAAGAAGCAAUGGCAGCAGCACAUCCAGUCAGAGAAGCACAAGGAGAAGGUCUUCACCUCAGACAGUGACUCCAGCUGCUGGAGCUACCGUUUCCCCAUGGGCGAAUUCCGGCUCUGCGAAAGGUUCCAGAAGAGCAAGACCUGUCCCGACGGAGAGGAGUGUCGCUACGCCCACGGCCAGGACGAGCUGACAGAGUGGCUGGACCGGAGGGAGGUGCUGAAACAGAAACUGGCCAAAGCCCGCAAGGACAUGCUGCUCUGCCCCAGGGACGACGACUUCGGGAAAUACAACUUCCUAUUGCGGGAUGAUGUAUAGUAAGGGCUGGGGGGGAGCCUGUCAGCUGGAGAAACAUGGGAUGGGUUUUCUGAGAGUAGCAGUAGCAGGGAGAGCGAGAUCUGUGUCUCGCGAAGAGAACUUUUUAUUUUCUUUUGUUUUAAGAUUAUGAGAUGAUGAUUUAUUAGUGGUGAAUGAAAUCGUGAAUUUGAUUCUCCUUGGCCAGUGAACGCCAUGCUCAACGAGUUUGUAAUCUGUCUUCUCUCUUUUCUCCAAAUUCUCCUUCCUCUCCAUCUUUUUGUUUUCACUGUCCUUCAUUCAAAAGAAUGAAUCCAGUCUGUACUGGGCUGCGAAUCAGAGAAUUUCUCCUUGUGUCGUUCUCCUGUGGCUGCAGAGGUCCGGAGGGCAAAGCUGAGAGGAAGGGGCAGACAUCUGGCCAAAAGGUGACCAUGAAGUUCAUGUGCUGCUUUUCUCAGUGCUGCAAAGCAAGCCCCACUUACACUGCUGCAGCUGGCCUGCUCUCCUUGGAGUUCAGUACCAGAAGAAUUAGGCAUUCAAAUGCAAAAGAAGGAAAACCACUAGUUCUGGCUUAAAACAUCUAGGCUUAAGCUCCUGCUGUGUAUAUUGCGCUGGGGAGGGUAACAGCCCUCUGAUAUAAAGAGUGUAGCUAAAAGCAGCAAAAUAAUAAAACUGCUUCUAGCAGCAGGAACUGGAUCGUAGGUGACUUCAGACUGUUUCAGCUGACUGUACCCAGAAAGCAAAUCAGUGGCUCCUCGUUAGAUGUCUUUCUCAGUGUGCGACAGUUAUUCAGGGUGAGUAGUUCUGGUUUGUUUUUUUGGCUGGUGUGACUGGUGCAAGUAAGACUGAAGCCAUCUAGAAGGUGUACUGGAGACCGUGACACACCCUGUGUCGCUGUAGUCCACACAGCAGCAUCAGUCAGGAGGAAGGCUGUAACCAGGAGCCUGUGUUUCUGUAUCAGCUUGUGUCCUGAAGAGAGGGAGGAGGGAAGUAAUGAACUUCCCUCUUUGCUCCUUAAAUGACCUGUGUUGCUAGUUACUUAGAGCUGUGUUUCUCUCUUCACUGACAGAAGAACUGGGUGGGGACCCAUUUAAAUGGACACCAUGGAGCAGCACAGGCGAUGCUUUGAUGAUGGGGAUCCAGCUGGAAGGGCGUUUAGGAGCACUAGGGUUCCAGCCCUCUCCUCCUGGGCACCGGGGCAGGAAGCUUGCAGGUGCGCAGCGCAGCCAGGAUGCGACCCAAGGCAGGGACUGUGGCGCAAGGUGAGCAGGACGGGGGGACCUGGACAUGCACCUCCUCCUGUCCCACCCGAUGUGUGCCAGGAAGGGGGAGCCAGGGGUGCUGAGCUCUGGGCCAGGAUUUUUGGCUUUUAUAGUGGUAUGGCUCGGUAUGCCAGCCUUGGCCUUCCUGGCUGUCUCAUCCUGUAAGCAGCAAACGUGUGUCCUGUCCUGAGCUUCCCUCUCCUCCUCUCUUCUGCAGUCCAUCUGUGCUCUGCAGUUCUGCAUGCAUGGGUGGCACCAUCUUCUCACACAGAAAUACACCUCCCUCCCGGCCUUUGGAGGGGAUGUCUUCAUACAGUCUCCCAGGACAACAUGCUCAGAGCCCUUGGGGCUAGCAGUGUUGUAUCUGUGGUAAACAUGAUCUGGCCAUGAGCUGCUUGGUGCUUUGGCAUUGUUGGUUCCCCCUUUUCCCUCCCUGCUCCCACAUCCUUGUGGUUCCCAGCUUCAAGAGAGGUGUGUUGUGGAAACGCAAGAGAUGUGGAAAAGCAGGAGAUGCUGUUUGAGGCAGCUGGCACCUUUCUAAACCAGCCUCCAGGUGCAUCAGCUCCACUGGAUAGUUAUGGUAAUAUUACAUGCUCUAAGUAAGCUGAAUGUGCCUCUGAGCUUGUUUCCUCUCCUUUAAAGUGUGGAUAGUGAUCACUGGUUUGGUAUGAGCUUCCCUUCUUGGCUGUACAGCACCUUGAGAUCUGGCCUGAAAGGGGCCAGGACCAUAACAUCUGAUGAUACACAGGUGGCUUAUUGGGAGGAGAGAGGAGGAAGGUGGUUGUUUCCACCUCUGUCCAUGUCUGGGGAGGAGGAUGAGAUGAGGAUCUGCAGCACUGUGAGUAAAGAGGGCGACCAAAGCAAUAUCAGAGGUGGCAGUUUUUGAGUAGUUGGGUGCUGUAUUUUCUCCUCUGCCCUUCGCUGUAGCUGCCUGAGUUGUACCUUCUCCUGGCGCUCCUUAUUCUCAACUGGACAACUUUAUAAACAGAGAGAGAUGAGGGAGGAGGGAGGCAUCAGCUCUUGGUUACCUUGUUCUGCUCUUCCCAGGUAGACACGCCAAGGAAGCGAAUCUGGAUCAGGGAAUGUUGGAAUGUUGGUUUUUUUUUUAAUUACCAUUAUUUUUUAAAAAACAAAUCUGCAUCUCUAGUGUGACUCUAGCGUUCGCUGCACCGUGAUUUCUCAUACGAUAACUCCUUUAGGUUACGGAGUGGGUUGCUGCCCCCUCUCCUCGUCUCUGCGGUGAGAGCCGAGCUGCUCAGUGUGGUUCAGAGGGACAGAUUGGGGCUGAGGCAGGGCGGGGGCAAGCGUGCGUGAGGUGAGGGAGGCCCACGGUCACGGGGGUUGCAUCGAGUAUCUCGUUUUGUUUUCCCUGAUAUGAUAACCUGGUCUGUGGUGUUGCAGUACUUUGUCACCAGACUUGUUUUAGUGUGUAUAUAUGUGACCCCUCCCAUGAAACAUAUAUACACAGGUAUUAAAUAUAUCGCUCUAUAUAAUAUUAUAUGUGUGUGGUAUCGAAAGAAUCUUUUAAAUGAGGGUAAAGGAAAAGGACUCGGGCCAGGAAACGCAGCAUCUCCAGUUUAAAUAUGAAGAGUUUUAUUUGGGUUAAGGAAAGGGAAAUAACAGAAAUGGGAGGGUUUUAUAUAGAUAGGUGUAAAUUUUGAGAUGGGACAGGUUACCCUGUUCACAUUUUUGAAACCCCCUCUGAUGUCCUCACAGUCCCAUCUCAUUGAAAGAGUAUUAUACUGCUAACUAGCAAGUAAAGUUUUAAUGAUAAGGCUUUGCUUAUAUUAUUUAAAGGGACAUAGGGAAAGGCAGGAAGCUUCACACUUGACUUCCCAGGCUCGCUUUAUCAAAGCCAAGAGGAUUUUCUUCAGCAUGUUACGUACUCCUAGCAGAACUGCUCAGCGCUUACGGCUCUACAACUGAUAAGCCACAAGUUGCAGGGGUGCUUUAGUGAUGCAUUCAUGAGACCCUGUGAUAACUCUUUUCUUCAUUCAUGUGAUGAAAAAAGAAAAUUUUGCAGCGCAGAACCGAAUUUGGGGGCUAUUAGCUAAAGAAGUGAUGUUUUAAUUUUAUAACAUCAAAAGAAAAUUGCGUAUGCUGUAAAAUUGCCAGAGACACACACGCUCACACAUAGUAGAGACUUCGAUUUGCAUCAGCUUGUUAAAUGCUGAAGGACUUAAUGAAAAACUUUUCCCGAAUCCUUUGGUAGGGGCAGGGAUUUAAGUGAUGCUGGUAUUGGAGUUAACCUGACCUUUACGGGGGGGAUGUGAAAAAAAGCCAAAAUAAAACAGAAAUACCCUACUUAGCUUGUAUGAAACUGUAUGUCAAAAAUGGAUGUGUUUUAGCAAGUGAAAGGAAAAGAUACCAAGGAGAUGCUGCAGUUCUGAGCUGGGUAGUAAUGAUUUUGAGUCCUUUAAUAUGUCUUUGUAUUAAUAUAAUUUAAGAAUACCACGCUUUACUAUUAAAAAAGAACUUAGUAUCUUUCAUAAGGUCUAGUAUCAAGAUAAUAAUGUAGAUGUUUUAACAACAUUUUUGGUCUUGUUCUUAAAUAAAAAAAAGAAAACCAACAAAACUUGCUUCUUUUAGCCUUUGUAAUAGAAAAUAAAAGUGUGCACUUUAAACCCUC